CUUCCUUUGGGAGUUCGAGCCCAGUUGGCUCUUUAUCGUCUGAGGAUCAUGACUUUGACCCAUCUGCUGAAAUGCUGGUACAUGAUUAUGAUGAUGAGCGAACUCUUGAAGAAGAGGAAAUGAUGGAAGAAAGCAAAAAUUUCAGCUCUGAAAUUGAAGAUUUAGAAAAGGAAGGAAGUAUGCCAUUGGAAGAUUUACUGGCAUUCUAUGGCUACGAACCCACAAUUCCAGUUAUGGCAGGUUCCAGUGCAGAUAGCUCUCCAAGUGAACUUGCUGAUGAACUUCCAGAUAUGACUCUAGAUAAAGAGGAAAUCGCUAAAGACCUCUUGUCGGGUGAUGAUGAAGAAACACAGUCCUCUGCUGAUGACUUGACACCAUCAGUUACUUCACAUGAGGCCACUGACUUCUUCCCUCGGCCAUUAAGAUCAAACACUACGUGUGAUGGAGAUAAGGAAUCAGAUGGUGAAGAUGUAGAGGCAGACAAUGGUAAUUCAUCUGAAGAUUUGAGAAAGGAAAUAAUGGUUGGUUCACAGUACCAGGCUGAAAUUCCACCUUACCUUGGCAGAUACAGUGAUGAUGGAAAGC